AUGAAGUUCACCACCGCCGCCAUUGCCAUCAGCGUCGCUGCUCUUGCCGCCGCCAGCCCCCUCAAAGCUCGCCAGGACGAAGACAACCCAGACAUCAUCCCCCUCUUCUGGACCUCGCGCCUCUUCACCAUCGCCCCAGGCACCGACUUCGACAACAAAUUCCUGCAAGCCGCCAACGGCGGCCUCCUCAUCGGCCUUCCCGACCAAGGCGCCUCCUGCGGCCCCGAGCCCCGCAACUACGCGACCUUUGUCUUCGGCAACAACACUCUCUCCCUCUACACGGACAACCCGCCCCAGCAAUUCUACACGGCGCCCGGUGGCAUGGGCCAGGGCAACAUCCGCUACACCACGGGCGCCGAGCCCCUCCCCAGCAACUCCCUCCGCGAGGGCUUCUUCAUCGACGACAACGGUCUCCUUAAGCUCCAGUUCUCCCCCACCGGACCAGUCGCGGGCCUCCAGGCCUGCCCCAUCUCCCCGGAUGCACCGGGCCAGUACAAGGUCUGGAUGGAUACUUUUGAGCAUCCCGCCGGCCAGAACUGCACCAAAUUCGAGGCCCGUGUUGAUAAUGAUUGGAACGCUGAGAAGUGCAAGUACACUGAGUAA